AUGGGCGACAAGAAGCGCAAGCUCGCCGAGGAUGCCCCGGCCGAUGAGGUCGCUCCGGAGGGCAAGAAGAUGAAGAAGGAGAAGAAGGACAAGAAGGAGAAGCGCAAGGCCGAGAAGGAGGUAGAGGUCGAUGCCGUCCCUGAGAUCUCUGUGCAGGAGAAGAAGGAGAAGAAGGAGAAGAAGGACAAGAAGGACAAGAAGGAGACGAAGGAGAAGAAGGAGAAGAAGGAGAAGAAGGAGAAGAAGGAGAAGAAGGAGACGAAGGAGACGAAGGAGAAGAAGGAGACAAAGGAGAAGCGCAGUGCUGAUAAAGCCAACCUGGACGAGGAGGCUAGAGCCGCGAAGAAAGCUGCCAAGAGAGCCAAGUACGACAAGAAGACUUCUAAAGAAGACUCUGCGACGAACGGAGACAAGAAUGAGAACGAGGCCGACGCUCCAGCUACUGCUGAUGCUGAUGCUGAUGCAAGCGCUGAGACCGCCGACGCCGACAACAACGUCUCACAGAAAAACUCCCGUUUCAUCUGUUUCGUCGGAAACUUGCCCUACUCCGCAACCCAUGAGUCCCUCAGCAAGCACUUUGAGAAGAACCCCCCGGCCGAAAUCCGCGUCGCAACUAAGAAAGAAGCCCCCUCCAAAUGCCGCGGUUUCGCCUUCAUCGAAUUCGACAAUUACGAUCGCAUGAAGACCUGCCUCAAGCUGUACCACCAUUCCAUGUUCGACGAUGGCAAGUACCCGCCUCGCCGGAUGAAUGUUGAGUUGACUGCCGGCGGCGGUGGCGCCAACUCAGAGCACCGCAAGGCCAAAAUCCAAGCCAAGAACGAGAAACUCAAUGAGGAGCGCCAGCGCAACGCAAAGGAGACUAAGAAGGAUAAGAAUAAGCAUGAUAAGGUUAAGCCCGCGCGUUCCGGCGCUGCGGCUUCCGGCGCGAAUGCCGUUGCUGUCGAUGCUGCUGCUGAAGAUGACCGGUUCGCUGGUAUGCAUCCCAGUCGUCGGGGCCGGAUCUAG